CUGGGUUGCCUUGGCGCCCUGCGUAUGAACCAGCGGCUGCUGCACGCGUAUUGGGCCCUGCUAUUCGCCCUGCUGCUCGGAGACGCGCUGGCCGGUCUUGCGUGGCUGUUCCGUUACCGCGCACUUGUCGCGGGACUCAGGGCUGGUCUCAUGGACGAGUUCCAGGACGGCUACGGCCUUCGUCCGGGCUACCGACUGCUCUGGGACCGGCUGCAGGCCGAGCAGCGCUGCUGCGGCGUCGACGGACCCGAGGACUACAACGCCACCGCUUGGCUGCGCGAGCAGCGCAUGGCCCAUCCAUGGAUGAGGCAUCAGGUGCCCGCUUCCUGCUGCCCGGCGGCACGGUCCCAGGCGACGUGCCUGGACCGUGGCACGGGUGCGUACCGCGCGCCCUGUCACGAGGCGCUCCUGAGGUGGCUGCAGCGAAGCGCCGACCUACUAUGUGUGCUCGGCUUCUGCGUGAUGGCCUUCCUGAAGCUGUGCUUCCUCGGCAUCUUGCGGUACGAGAUCCGCGAGAUGAUCCAGAAGAUACGCAUCCUGAGCAGCGACCCUUCCGGGUGCGCCGAGGGCCCCGUCGAUUCCUCGCGCGGCUCCUUCGGCAGCCACAAGGGAGGAGGAGGCGGCGGAGGAGGAGAUUCGGCUCUGCUCCUCGAAAAGCGGCCGAAGCCGUCGAACGGGAACAACAACGACGCGCCUUACGACGAGUGCCACCACAAAUCCAGUCCUGUGUGAUGCGGUAGCGCUGCCCCCACAGGAGUAAGCCACACUGAAAUUCAGAACUGCGUGAUGGGCUUUCACAGUGAUCACCAUGCGCUUAUGGAACAAGAUAGAUUGCGCGAUCCAGCCACAGCGGCUCACCGUGUUGCUCCCGCCACAAGGUGCCGCUCUGGCCAGCGUGAUGCGGCCACUGAACCUUGUGCCGAGCAAGUUUCAUUGCUUAGUAUGCUCAUGAUUUGCAGAGUCUGCGUGCAUAAAUUGAGAUUACAUUAAACCGAAGUAAAGAGGUGGGUCAUAGUACAGUCGAAUGCCUAAUCAGUUUAAACUGCAUGGUCGUGACUUGGCUAACGCACUUAACGCCAUGGUCAUGUAACAGUGUGAUAAGGUGAAAAUAUGAAUAACUUUGUAAAUGACAGGGACGAAUGAAGCAGAGUAGGGUUGACAUCGCUAAAUAUGGCUGUACGAAGUGUAAUUACUAAUCAAUGCAGCCUACGCCUGAAAAUGAAACGAAAGAAUUCUGCGGUUUCUGCGUGCCUUUGAACGGCUCCCUUAUUUCAGAAACCACAUAAAGACAAAGCACGAGCACUGUCUAACUAGAAACAGGUGACAACAAAUGUGAACCCGAAAUGUAUGACAGUGCGUACGUUUACAUAGAGGCACACUGUUCAGAAGAAAUGCAGAAGCAAAGUAAGAUUCUUUCACGAGAAGAAACGUGGACCAGAAUGUCGUCAUAGUGCACGUCCACGGGAUCUUUUGAGUAUGAGAAAACAAGCGUCUGUAAUCCUGCAUUUACAGUAUCAGAAAAAAACUGCGCUGGCUCCAUCUGUUGAUGCUCUUCGGCGUCGAAUAAGAAUUCGGUGCAGGCCUUCUCCCGUGCAGGCUGUGCUCCGGCAGUGCACUCCUCGAAGCUUGUGACGUGUAGUGCUGCAGCUGACUUUUGUUAUGGUGCGUGCACUCUUGAUGGUUGCUGCUAUCACUGUGAACUGAAAUGGACUUGGGUAGACAAGCAUGGAGUGUUUGCUACUUUGAAGCUGUCGCUCGUUUCUCUUCUCACAAUUGCGAUCUUGUGUGGACGGCGUACGUAUACACUGGCCUUACGAGUUGGACGGAGGAUAAAAAAGCAAAGUAUUACCGAAGCUAUCCCAAAGACGGCCGGUAACAUUAGGUAACAUGUGUUAUUCAGCGAAAAAGUGCUCUGUUUAGUUUUCAAAAUGACAAAGUUGGAGAAAGCCAUUCUUGCCAGACUUUAAAAUCGUAGAAUAAUCAUUACUUCUUGGCUACAACAAUUUUACGUACCUAAUCAUCCCGCUGUGGUUUCAUUGCUCAAUGUUUCUAAGAAGUUAUAAAGAACGAUAAACGGAGGAUUCGUUCAACUUCCGGAAAUACCAUUCACAACAAUGUGUGAUUAUCAAAGAUGUUUAAUUUCUGAUUGCCACUCCACUGUAGGGCAAGAAAACGCGACAUAAUGGUAUAUAAGUGUUGAUAAAACUGUAGAAGUGGAAGAGUGCCGCUAUCACAGAUAACUAUAUCACAGAUAACAGAUAUCACAGUAUUGGGAAAGAUUCGCGCCUUGUGAUUUUGACACAGUGGUUAACAUGUUCAGACGACCACGUCAAACUGAUAUGAUUCCUGCGUUUACGUCAUUGAGGCGGGUUGCAUGAACAGUAGGCUUUGCUGUCAUGUUUGAUGCAGCGACAUUCCAUUCUGUAGCGUAGGGCCUCAUAAUACCAUGAUGAAUAUGUUGUAGGUAAAAUUUGCAUGUAUUCUGUAUGUAGAGGUAUGCACGAAGUUUACGAAGACACAAUGUUGUUCUUGCAGUGUUUAUCGUUAUGUUUAUGUUCUUGCCGGUGUCAAUGAGUCUAACCGAUGAAUGAUAUAAAUAGUACAAUUCCUCCACAAGUAUUGGAGCCGCUAGGAAAUCUCUAGAACAUGCCCACUGAAAAUGAGUUGAAAACUUUUUGCAAUGUGGUGCUGGAAGUGGGAGUCAGCGUGCCGUAAAUGCAGCCAAAUGGCAGCGACGCGGCCGUCACCGCCGACAAGUGGGAUGCGCAACCAGGUUUCGCAACCUUCUACUGUGUUUUUCAUUUAUUUUCCUGCACAAACUUAUGCCACCUAAGCAAUGUUCACCUUCGCUUAGUUUACUGUUCCCGUAUGAUAGAUCAAACUAAUCAGAAAAAUCUGAAAAAAUUCAUAGAAUAAAUGGGGUACAUUUAAGCUUACAAAUAACGCUAAAAUGAUGUGACGAGACUUGUGGCGCGCGAUACGUCGCGACCAGUUACUGAGCAAAUGUUUUGUGCGACGGCGAGGGGCAUUAGGGGAACGUUAACCUAAUCUUAUGGAAUCUAACACGAAAUUGCAAUUCGCGAUUACUUCUGGCGAAAUGCCGUCAUAUUACUGGGACUACAUGGCUAAAUUUUUGCUAUAGCGAAUCUUCUGUGGCUGGGGCAUGUUGGUGAGUGAGUCGGAACAAUGAGGAAUAGUGUGAAUUAGAAGGACCACGCAUCCGAAAGAAUCAUAGAGAUACUGAGGCUUAUUUAUAGCAAGUGCAUGUGCAGUAAAAGCUUCUCUGAAAAGCUUGGUAGGAAAAACAUGCCUAUGGGAUACAAAGAAAAAACGGCCCUCUGCGCACAAUGAGCAAAGAAUCAUCUCUGGAAAUCAUAUAGACGCCAUUGACGUCGCAUUAACAAUGGAUCACGAAGGCCUCCGACUACGUGGGAACAAUCUUGAGAUCAUUCUUCGCUGUAUUGUCCCCGAUUUCACAGAAAUGUGUCAAAGUCAUAGGAAAACGCAAGCGCGUGUACCGUGGCAGUUGUAAAACUCUGAACACGAUAUGACAUACAAUAGCAGCUGGCAUACCUGAAAGCGUUGCAUGGUGUAAAACGUUUGAUUUUGCUCGCUGUCAUUGCCUACGAAGUUGGGAAAACGAAGUAAUCUGUACUAUUUUUUUCUUUUUUGUAUGUAAGCGUGCUUUGCUACGGGGCAUGAAAAAUAGCACAUAGAAAGAAGUUGAACGAACAAAAAAAAAUAGUCCAAGUCCAGAAACUUAUCGGCGUAUGUUCAAAAGGCUUGUCUAUGUCAUUUAAGUAAGUGCGAAGUGUGAAUUGAGACAGUCCAGGAAACAUAACUAUAGCUCGUACGAAUGUUAAGGGGAGGAAAACGUUUAGGGAUGCAGUGGUAUAAACUCCACGUCAUUUCUUAUUUACAUAUCAGACUGGCUUGAGUCCUUUCUUUGAUCAAUCUUCCAGCUAGAUUAAUUUGAACUUGCUUGUUUGUGCCAAAUUGCAUGGCAUCAGAAAUAAGAAUGCUUGUUUAUUCGUACAUAUCUCAAACAUGGUUCAAUCGAGCGCAGUCGUACUACUACAACAACGGCGAUUUUACGAGUAAGCAGUCGCUGGUAUUGCCACUAAACUGUGUACGAUGCAUUCUUCUAAAAACAGGGCAAAAGAAAGUUUAGAACAAUUAUGAGAAGCUGUGGGAGGCCCCCUGCUUACGACGACGGAAAUAAUCAGUUAGCUUGGACCGUGGAGUGAAGACGCGGACGAGAGCAAAUCAAUAUGCCGUACGAGCGCUGUUCGGUAAGGGAUCAACUGGGUCGAAGCUUUAAAUCCGCCUAUAUGAUAUAAUGUGGGAAAUAGAAAAAUGGUGAAGCAAGUCAGUGUUGCCGGUCAGCAAGAAUGAUGCAGGCAUGCCAUGUGACCACUAAGACACUCAAAAGAAUCGUUGAGCAGCAAGGACUGCAGAGGACCUAUUCAUACAACAGUGACCGCACGGGCAAGAAGACAUCGUUUCCGAGAAGAUUCGUGAAAUUCAUCGUCUUUCCCAAUUCAUUCAGAGUGUCUGACUGAACAUUAAAACCUUACGUCACCAAUGUUCAGUGAAAGUCAAGCGCUGCAGAAAAUCUAAGUAAUCGAGUCCUUGUGGGAGCCCUAUGUGCUUUGUGCCAAGAACUCUUGAGUUGUUUCGCUGCACCCGUAAGAGGGGCUCGCUUUGACAUUGCUAUUCGCUUCCACGGGAGCCUAGCUUCCACCUCACCUCAUUGACAGUCCUCCAAAAAAGAAGCAAACAUAAGCUAAUAUUCGCCAAAUUCUCAGUGCUUCCCGUAAUGUCUCAUUUGUUAAUAUCCGCUGGUGAGUGCUUAUUGGGAUAUUGCUCUUUUGCGGCAGCGCGCAAUGUUUCCAUGAGCAUAUCUCAUAUUCGUCGCUUUCUUGUCUUCGCUAGAAAUGAUCACCACGAAUGAGCUUUAAAUGCACACACUGCGACACAACGAUUUUUCUAUACCAAUGAACAGAGAAGCCGUAGUGUGAGAAUUUUUUUGCUAUCAGGGAUAACUCUUCAAGGAAGAAAGUAGAACCUAAGAAAACAUUCUUGUUAAAAAAACGGAAGUUUCAAGUGUGACCUCGACACUAGACGCAUAUGCCGCCGUCGUUACACAUUUCUCAUGCCGAAAGAACGUUGUCCUAAAACAUGGCUGUCCAGCGUUCUUUAGAAGAUAUUUAUGAACCAAGUCAGGAUUCGCAUUCUGUGGCAACUCGAGCAGUGUUUCUGCAGAUUAUUUCCUUAAACGAAGCGCAGUCGACAUACUCAUACGCACACUACAGAAAUUUUGUACCAGAACGUAAGAAGUGCUUAAUGUAUAUUAAGACCGAACUCCCCAUGCUCAGAAAUUAUGGUCACCGUCUACUCGAAUCCUUCACGUCAGAAAGCUGUUAGUUGUACCUCGAGUAGACACAGAGCACAAUGAGGGCUUAGGGAUCGUUAAAACGAUGUGCGACCCUGCUGAUAUUUUAAAUAGAAUUUGCUAUCAUCACCAGGUAAUGUAAUCACGCAUGUGGUAAUACAGCGAGCAUAAUUACAGCAACAGAGGGGUGAUAGUUUCGCCCCAGUUCGCUGCUAAAAUCAUAUUUGCAAUAUAAGCCAUGUAAGAAAUUCACGUAACAUAAGUAAUCGUCAUGGAAAAAAUUACUGCCUUCAGAUGACGCUGGUCAUAACAUCUGUUUUCACCUUUUAAAUGCGUUUCUCUUUCCGCUAAAAUGUCUUGUGCGCAAAAUGGUUAUGGUUGCAAUACUAUAGCAAGUGUAAGACAACCCAUUUUUCACGUCUUCUACAAUGGUAGCUAGGUUCCUAAUUUUCACGUGGACUUUGGGAAACAGUUACUCCAUUAUUGGAGAAGCAUAAGGCAUAAUUGGAUGAACAUUAGGGUGAAGAGUAAUAUUAAAGACCAAGAAAAAAGUAAUGCAAGCGCAGAUGAGUUGAGAGCGUUUCGACAAGAGAAUUCGCCAUGUGAAGGAAAGUUCUUGUUAAAACGUUUAUACCAGACAGAAGCCUUCUCUGAUUCGAUUCAAGAGUUCAACGCAGGUGAUAAGUAAAGCUGUGUUUUUAAUAGUGCAUCGCAUUAAAUGCAUGCGAGUUAUUCGCGUAUGUACUUCCAAUGUCUGGCAGCCGUAGCACAUACUUGCGUUGGAACGGACCGGGAUGGCUUACACCGCAUGUCUACGCGCUGAUCACCCAUGACACUCGGACUGCCGCAGAGAGGACGUGACGACUUCCCAAAAGAAUAAAAUUUGGACGCCCAGGAAAGCUUUGAUUAUUGUCGGUAUCUUCCAAGUGCGUGCGAAUAAGCGAGCUUUUGCGUAAAAGGGAAAUAUAAUUUCUAACUUUCACUUACUGCACUUGUGACAUCUAGCCCAAGGAUGAUAAGAAAGUUGGGCGUACAGAUGGACAAUAGAGAAAAUAAGGUGCUGUUUAUUGUCUCAUUUUGCUCACAAAAAUUCUAGCUUUGUGUCAGACAAUUAUAUCAGGCAUGCUGUCCAUCUUCCUUCGACGUAUGCGGCCCUAAUGAAAGCACACAAUAUCUAAUAGUUAACUCGAAAGGGAAUUUAAGGUUUCAAGUUAUGUAACCAAAACCUGCAUGAAACCACCUCUGCUUUCCUGCCAAAUCAGUCACGCACGAUGAGUUCAGCUCAUGACUUUUACACGCGAUUUCGUUAUUUGUUUUUUUUUUAGUUCUUAUCAUUGAUAAAUAACGUCAACUUACAAAUUAUUUCUGCCUCUUUCAAUAAAAGUGACGGACCCGUUUCACCUUAACGGCUAUGGUAAAUUAUUGCAUAUUUCUGUUUAUCCAAAAUGCUUUUCGAAUAUCCUCCCCUAGUCGCAGACUCGCUGAGAAGUUUUCACCACACGGUAUGAUGAAGAGGUCACGGUUUUAUUUUACCUCGUGUAACGGUAGCCUUAUUUAAUAUGUUGAAGAAUGGCUGCAGAAAGCGUUGGAUAGUGGAUCCUAAAGGAUGGAGAUGCCCACUACUGGCAUUCAUAUUAAGGCUAAAUAAAGCUUUCACAAGGCAAUUCCUAAAGGUCGCUUAGUCUAUUUCUGUACUUCACUGUGUUGUAAUUGCGUGGGGAAUUCAGUAAACUGGUAUCGUUCGGUACACCGCGAUGUGUUGGCGACGUGCAGAGGUAGAAAUUCGUCUUAGCCAUUUGCUUCUUUUUUAUUCGGAAUAUGAGAUAGUGGUCUCUCUAGGGCAUCGAUAUCUCUAGAUCACGAGGUAUGGUUGUUUUAGUAGGUAACCACGUGAAUUCCUUCGCUCUGACGACACGUUCACGUUACCCAAUUUUGUGUUAAAAUAACCGACAAUACUGCUUAGAAGAGUCAUAAUAGGUCCACCUUGUCACACAAUGAAACCGUGACAGAGUUUACGAUUGCACUUUUACAGCCCCUUGGAAGAGCACGUAGCUAUUUCGAGAAAUAUCAUAGUAGUGUAUCGAAACAACACGUGCAUUGUUCUACGUACCAAGUGGAAAACAGGGUCAACGAGGGGAGGUAGCUGGUGUUCUCGGAGAUGAAGAUGGCAUAGGGUUACGACAUAUCGUGCAAUAGAACGUAAUACCUGUGUUAAGGUUAUCGUUGCAGGAGCUAAUCAUCACCCCUUAUACCUUAGGCUAGCGAGCAGGGUUCCUGCAUGAGUAUUGCGAAUAGCAAUUCUGUACUUCUGUGUUUCAUAGUUCACCGAAAUUUUGUUGAAUUGUUCGUUUUGUUGACAAUUUUCCAAAUGAGACGGCAACAUGAUGCUGUUUUCCGACCUAAAACCAGGGUCAAUGCAUUAAAUUCGCUACAAAACAAGCAGGGCCUCCAAUGCUACGCAGAGAAUCUUUCCGACACAUCGCUGUUGUUUGAAUGUUUGUUUCGCACGUUAAUAAUAUUGCAAAACAAUUUUAUUCGUGUCGGAGCUUUCCGCCCAAUUAUAUAUAUAUAAGUAUAUAUAUAUGGGGUAGCAUAAUAUGUCGAGUAUUAAAAAAUUGUCUUAGAAUGCACACUUAAGAUCAUAUGACUUUGCAAAUUUACUUUUGCAGAUCUCACGUAACAGACGUAAGGUCUAUUACAUACGAGCACCUCAGGAGAAAGGGUGACAUAAAUAAGUGCUCUUGUACUGAUGCUUUCCCGCACUUUUUGGCAAUGUGCAGCUGCACACAAGAACGCAAAACGGAGCUGCAGUUCUUUACUAUAACGCGAGCCUUUUAUAUUAAUGAUGUUUCAUUGGACGUCAUCUUGUUUUCACUAUGUUCAGCGGUAUAUUAAUGUGAGGAGUUACUAUGACCACCUGUUCAUAGAGUGGUAUCUUAAAA